AUGUUACGCGGCCGUCCCUACGGGGGCGUCGCGCUGUUAUGGCGUAAGAGGAGAGCUAGAGCCGCAGUGCCUACCGGUGAUAUUGCUCUCCAAAGUCCUCCAAAAGAAGCUUUAACAUUUGCUGAAGCCCAAAAAGUCGUACAAUUCGAGGUUGAUGGUAAGAUUAGUAGAAUACCAAUUGAUCAACCUCUGCCGAUUAUAUCACUAGAAGAAUGGGAAAAAAAGAAUGCAGAACUGGAAAAACCAUUACCUGUAGUGGAACCACCUCCAGAGCCUCAAGUUAAGCUUCCUGAAGCUAGUUUUAGGCUAAUUCCUGAUUAUAAUGAAAGAGUAUGUGAUGCUCCUGCACGGCCAAAUGCUUAUAUUCGGUUUAUAGAAAAAUCAGCAGAAGAAUUAGAUGGGGAAGUUGAAUAUGAUGUGGAUGAAGAAGACACUGCUUGGCUGGCCAUUAUCAAUAAAAGUAGGGCUAAACAAGGACUUCCUCCGGUUUCUGUUGACACCCUUGAAUUGCUCAUGGAUAGAUUGGAGAAGGAAUCAUAUUUUCAGGCAACUCAAACUGGUCAACAAACGGCUGCUACAGUAGACGAAGACGCAGUUUGCUGUAUUUGUAUGGAUGGGGAAUGUCAAAAUACCAAUGUCAUAUUAUUUUGUGACAUGUGUAAUCUUGCAGUGCAUCAGGAUUGUUAUGGGGUACCAUAUAUUCCAGAGGGUCAGUGGCUGUGCAGAAGAUGUUUGCAAUCUCCGUCACGUCUCGUCAACUGUGUGCUGUGCCCUAAUACUGGAGGUGCUUUCAAGCAAACAGAUCAAGGGACUUGGGCGCAUGUAGUGUGUGCUCUCUGGAUACCAGAAGUUCGUUUUGCGAAUACAGUGUUUUUGGAGCCCAUUGACUCAAUUGAGAUGAUACCAGCAGCGCGGUGGAAGUUGCAAUGUAUGGUGUGCAAGCAGAGGGCUGCCGGUGCCUGUAUACAGUGCCACAAGAGCAAUUGUUACUCCGCUUUCCACGUGACCUGUGCACAGCAGGCAGGCCUGUACAUGAAGAUGGAGGCGGCUGGCAGCGGGCGGGACCCCAGUCAGCCGGUGCAGGUGGCCAAGAUGGCCUACUGCGAUGCCCACACGCCCGCACACAUACUGCAGGAAAGAAGAGCGCAGGAGUCUGAGGGAGAAUCCAAAUCGGCCGAUCUGUCGGCAAUACGGCAAAAGGGGAGAGAGAAAAUAAAACAGGAAGCGGGCAUUAGUCGGUGGCGGGGGACGGUGAGGGCCGCCCCGGAACGAGGGUACUUCUCUCACUCUACAAUAUCCCAUUCACGACUGGGCAGCCGCGGCGGGUGCUGGCUACUUACUCUACAACCCACCAUUCACAGGACCGUCGAGUGCUGGCUACUCACUCUACAAUCCUCCACUCACAGGCGCCUCGGGUGCUGGCUACUCACUCUACAAUCCCCAUUCACAGGCGCGGCGCGUGCUGGCUACUCACUGUACAAUCCACCAUUCGCAGGCGCGUCCUGUGCUGGCUACUCACUCUACAAUCCCCCAUUCACAGGACCGUCGGGUGCUGGCUACUCACUCUACAAUCCCCAUUCGCAGGCGCGUCGUGUGCCGGCUACUCACUCUACAAUCCCCAUUCACAGGCGCAGCGCGUGCUGGCUACUCACUGUACAAUCCACCAUUCGCAGGCGCGUCCUGUGCUGGCUACUCACUCUACAAUCCCCCAUUCACAGGCGCGUCGUGUGCUGGCUACUCACUCUACAAUCCCCCAUUCGAAGGCGCGUCGUGUGCUGGCUACUCACUCUACAAUCCCCCAUUCGUAGGCGCGUCGUGUGCUGGCUACUCACUCUACAAUCCCCCACUCACAGGCGCGUCGUGUGCUGGCUACUCACUCUACAAUCCCCCAUUCACAGGCGCGUCGUGUGCUGGCUACUCACUCUACAAUCCCCCAUUCACAGGCGCGUCGUGUGCUGGCUACUCACUCUACAAUCCCCCACUCACAGGCGCGUCGUGUGCUGGCUACUCACUCUACAAUCCCCCACUCACAGGCGCGUCGUGUGCUGGCUACUCACUCUACAAUCCCCCACUCACAGGCGCGUCCUGUGCUGCCUACUCACUCUACAAUCCCCCAUUCACAGGCGCGUCGUGUGCUGGCUACUCACUCUACAAUCCCCCAUUCACAGGCGCGUCGUGUGCUGGCUACUCACUCUACAAUCCCCCACUCACAGGCGCGUCGUCGUGUUCUGGCUACUCACUCUACAAUCCCCCACUCACAGGCGCGUCGUGUGCUGGCUACUCACUCUACAAUCCCCCAUUCACAGGCGCGUCGUGUGCUGGCUACUCACUCUACAAUCCCCCACUCACAGGCGCGUCUGUGCUGUGCCCCCCUCCACUCACAGGCGCGUCGUGUGCUACUACUCACUCUACAAUCCCCCAUUCACAGGCGCGUCGUGUUCUGGCUACUCACUCUACAAUCCCCCACUCACAGGCGCGUCGUGUUCUGGCUACUCACUCUACAAUCCCCCACUCACAGGCGCGCGUCGUGUGCUGGCUACUCACUCUACAAUCCCCCACUCACAGGCGCGUCGUGUGCUGGCUACUCACUCUACAAUCCCCCACUCACAGGCGCGUCGUGUUCUGGCUACUCACUCUACAAUCCCCCACUCACAGGCGCGUCGUGUGCUGGCUACUCACUCUACAAUCCCCCAUUCACAGGCGCGUCGUGUGCUGGCUACUCACUCUACAAUCCCCCACUCACAGGCGCGUCGUGUUCUGGCUACUCACUCUACAAUCCCCCACUCACAGGCGCGUCGUGUGCUGGCUACUCACUCUACAAUCCCCCACUCACAGGCGCGUCGUGUGCUGGCUACUCACUCUACAAUCCCCCACUCACAGGCGCGUCGUGUUCUGGCUACUCACUCUACAAUCCCCCACUCACAGGCGCGUCGUGUGCUGGCUACUCACUCUACAAUCCCCCAUUCACAGGCGCGUCGUGUGCUGGCUACUCACUCUACAAUCCCCCACUCACAGGCGCGUCCUGUGCUGGCUACUCACUCUACAAUCCCCCAUUCACAGGCGCGUCGUGUUCUGGCUACUCACUCUACAAUCCCCCACUCACAGGCGCGUCGUGUUCUGGCUACUCACUCUACAAUCCCCCACUCACAGGCGCGUCGUGUGCUGGCUACUCACUCUACAAUCCCCCACCUCACAGGCGCGUCGUGUGCUGGCUACUCACUCUACAAUCCCCCAUUCACAGGCGCGUCGUGUGCUGGCUACUCACUCUACAAUCCCCCACUCACAGGCGCGUCCUGUGCUGGCUACUCACUCUACAAUCCCCCAUUCACAGGCGCGUCGUGUUCUGGCUACUCACUCUACAAUCCCCCACUCACAGGCGCGUCGUGUUCUGGCUACUCACUCUACAAUCCCCCACUCACAGGCGCGUCGUGUGCUGGCUACUCACUCUACAAUCCCCCACUCACAGGCGCGUCCUGUGCUGGCUACUCACUCUACAAUCCCCCAUUCGUAGGCGCGUCGUGUGCCGGCUACUCACUCUACAAUCCCCAUUCGCAGGCGCGACGCGUGCUGGCGCGCGCGCGCACGUGGGCGCCGGUGGUGCUGGUGCCGACGCUGCGCGCGGAGCGCGUGGCCGACGUGGCGGCGCUGCUGCGCGGGCCGGCCGCCGCGCGCGCCCACCUCAUGAAGCGGCUGUUAGCCUACUGGACGCUCAAGAGGCACGCGCGCAACGGAGUGCCGCUGCUCAGGCGGCUGCAGAGCCUCGCGACGCACCACGGUACCAGAGGCAUACAAGAUGGCACUGUCAACGUAAGAGAACUGUGUAACCAGCUCAAAUACUGGCAACGGAUACGACAAGAUCUGGAGAGAGCCCGUUUGCUGUGCGAGCUGGUGCGCAAGCGGGAGCGUCUGAAGGCGGAGUACACGCGCGUGUGGGAGCGCUGCGUGCUGCACUCGCUGCGGCCCGAGCGCGCUGCGCUGCACAAGCUGCUGCGGAUGCUGCGGCAGCGGGACGCCAGCGACGUGUUCACCGAGCCGGUCGACCUGCAGGAGGUCCCAGAUUACAGCACAGUUGUGAAGCACCCAAUGGAUCUCAGCACCAUGGGCAAGAAACUGGACCGAGGCGCGUACAAGACCAUAGACGACAUGGAGACCGAUUUCCAGCUCAUGAUCGACAACUGUUUGACUUACAACAAUAAAGACACUGUCUUCUACAAGGCCGGCGUGAAAAUGCGCGAGCAGUGCCUGCCGAUAUUCCGUCAGGCGAGGCGUGACGUGCGGGACGCCGGUAUGGAGGAGCUGGCUGGGAAGGGGGACGUGGCGGGCGCGCAGGAGGGGGCCUCCGUGGGCGGGGGCGUCGGCGGUGCGGGGGGCGUCGGCGGUGCGGGGGGCUUUGGCGGCGCGAGGGGCGUUGCUGCUUUGGGAGACAUCGGCGCCAUGGGGGCUGGUAUCGGAAUGGGGGGCGUUGGCGGUACAGGAAGCGCUGGCACUUUGGGGGCGUCGCUGUCAUCGGCGAGGAGCGCCCGCGCCCGCAGCCGAGCUAAGAAGUCAAGCAGUGAUAGCGAACACACUGCCGAUACAAGAAGCGAGCGCGGCGUUUCGGUCGCCCGCAGCGAACGUCGGCUUUCCAACGAGCACAAAUCCGACGAAGAAACAAACACGCGCGAGGAAUCCCCCAAGGCGAAGGUGAACAGGAACUGGUGGAGGGGCCGCGGGCGCGGGAGGGGCAGGCGCGGGCGGAGGGGGCGGGGCAGGGCCAGCAUCGCCGCGGCGCGCCCGCCACUCGAUAAUGAAACACCGACUUCGGAUUCCGAGACACCGGUCGCCAGUAAGAGCGUUGAGCGCACACACAAACUGCUCACGCCCGAAAAGUCACCAACGAAACAGCCAGAAACUCCAAGUCUUGGACUUUUGAGCAGUGGCCUCAGGAAGCCCACGUUGUUGGUGACGCCGUGCAGUAUGGCGACGCCUCCGAAGAGCUUCGGCUCAGACGCAACACUACCGACGCUGUCUGCGAGCCAGGGCCGCCCGGAGCUGGAAAGCUCGCCGCGGAAGAAGGGGCGCGGCAGGCCGAGGAAGCACGAAAAGAAAACCACCACCACGCCCCAUUUGUUCAGGUCCGUUUCCGGCUCGGAUGGGAAGACCGUCUCGACCCCAGUGCCAGCCUCCUUCCUGCAGUAUAGAGGCCCGCCCGGCGAGGUGGGCUCCGACAGCGAUCUGGCCCUCUCGAGGUCGUCUAGUAGCAGCUCCGCUUGGUCCCAAUCGUGUUCGUCGUGUACGCACUACGACGACGACAACGUCUCGGACAAUUCCUGCUCAUUCAGCUCCAGUGAUGG